ACACGCGUCUUGAGAGCAUCGGGAGAUGCAUUACGUCAUAGCCUCCCGUCGCCCUAGAUGACCGCGCGCGCAGGACGGGACGAUGCGGGGCUGCGGGACUAGAACGCAAACCGAUUCCGCUGCUGCCCACGAGCGUCCGGUGGCGGAGCCUCGACCGGACGCAGAAGAAGCGGAGCCGCCUUCGCGCGGCUGCCGGCUCUGAUGGCUCCUCGCGCCCCGGGCGAGCAAGAGUCACAGCAGUCGCCGCAGCGCGUGAGCAGGGAGCUGGGCAGCGGGUUUGAGGGAAGUGACGUGGUGUCCGCACCCCGCGAGAAAGCACCACGGUGCGGUUGUCGUGCGUUUCGCAGGAGGGCAGGAGCGGGAAGGGGAACAUGGCCGCGCAGUCGGACGGCGGCAAAGCCGGGGUCGGCGGCGGUUUCGCGCAGCUGUACGAUGUUGACGGCGAGGAGCCGAUGGACUCCGCCGCGAUCCACAUCUGCCAGUGCUGCCGCACCUCCGCCUGCUACUGGGGCUGCCGCUCCGCCUGCCUCGGCUCCUUGCUCGGCGGGGGCCAGCCCCCCGGAGGGCUCGGGAUCCGGGAGACUCACUGCCCGCCCCGGGAGCAGCUGUGGCUGGACUGCCUCUGGAUCAUCCUGGCCCUCCUCGUCUUCUUCUGGGACGUUGGCACGGACCUGUGCCUGGCGGCGGACUACUACCGCCGGCAGGACUACCUCUGGUUCGGCCUCACUCUCUUCUUCGUGCUGGUGCCUUCGGUGCUGGUCCAGACCCUGAGCUUCCGCUGGUUCGUGCAGGACUACACCGGCGGGGGGCUCGGGGAGGUGGAGGGGCUGAGCAAGCGGGGCGCGGUGGCUCUGGGGUGCCUGUACCCCGGCAGGGACCGCCUGCAGCUGGCCACCAUCUGGCUGUGGCAGGUCAUCAUACACAUCCUCCAGCUGGGACAAGUGUGGAGGUACAUCAGGACGCUCUACCUGGGCAUCAUGUCCCGUCGGCAGAAGGAGUACCAGCGGCGGUGGUACUGGGCCAUGAUGUUCGAGUACGCGGACGUCAACAUGCUGCGGCUGCUCGAGACCUUCCUGGAGUCGGCGCCUCAGCUGGUCCUGCAGCUGUGCAUCAUGAUCCAGGAGAACCGGGCCGAGACGCUGCAGUGCAUCUCCUCCCUGGCUUCCCUCCUGUCCCUCGCCUGGGUGCUGGCCUCCUACCACAAGCUCCUGCGCGACUCUCGUGACGACCAGCGCGGCAUGAGCUACCGCGGGGCGCUGCUGCACCUCUUCUGGCGCCUCUUCACCAUCUCGUCCCGCGUCCUCUCGCUCGCCCUCUUCGCCUCCCUCUUCCACAUCUACUUCGGCAUCUUCGUGGUGCUCCACUGGUGCGCCAUGGCCUUCUGGGUGGUGCACGGCGGCACCGACUUCUGCAUGUCCAAGUGGGAGGAGGUGCUCUUCAACAUGGUGGUGGGCAUCGUGUACAUCUUCUGCUGGUUCAACGUGAAGGAGGGCCAGACGCGGCACAGGAUGGUGGCGUACUACACGGUGGUGUUGGCGGAGAACACCAUCCUCACUGGGCUGUGGUACGCCUACAGGGACCCGGUGCUGACCGACUCCUACGCCUUCACCGCACUGUGCAGCGUCUACCUGACGUUCGCCGGGGGGGUCCUGGUCAUGAUGCUGUACUACGGCUUCCUCCACCCGGCCACCUCCCACAUGCAGCCGAGCCCCGCCUCCACCUGCUGUGCCCAGCUGCUCUGGGGUCUCCCUCUGCCCCCGUCGGCCCCGCCCACCGCCCCGCCCACCCCAGCCCACAUGACCAAGUCCCCGUCGGAGGAGGACGUGGCCGAGUCGUGUCUUCCCGUGUUCCAGGUGAGGUCGGCCCCCCCCACGUCCAAGCCAGGAGGGCCGCUCAUAAAGAUCGACAUGCCGAGGAAGCGCUACCCGGCGUGGGACGCCCACUACGUGGACAGGCGCCUGCGGAGGACUAUAAACAUCCUGCAGUACAUAACGCCAGCUGCCGUGGGCAUCCGCUACCGUGAUGGACCCCUACUGUAUGAACUGUUACAGUACGAGUCCUCACUCUGACACACACACACACACACACAUAUACACACAAGCACAUGUGCCACCAUGAAAAGAUGUUUGUAUACAUAGAUGUUCAGAUUUAGAGAAGAUAUCUAAAAACACACACAAGGGCGCACUUGGUAUAAGCACACAGACACCAAAGCAAUCGGACACACUCACACUUUCCUGACACACAGACACACACACACACACACACUCCUCGUGGGGCCACAACUCAACAAGCUGCUUCAGCGCGAGUCCAUCUCUUCCUCUCUCCAUCCCUCCGUCUCUGAUGGCUCUUUCUCUGGCGUCGUUUCUUUUGAUUUCGCACGUCUACGCUCAGCUGUGAAGAAAACAACAACAACAACAAAAUAAAUGUCAAAGCGAGCUCAGUUUCCGUCGGAGUCUCUGACCCCUGCAUGCCGUUUGUGUUGCGUCGCUCACACUCUUCACGGGUUUCGGUAAAAUAAAAAAGACGUGACGAAGAAAAGACCAAACGUCACUUUUCAGUAAAAGGAGUUUGUGAACGUGUUGUCGUUAGUCUAGUCAAAAGGUGGUGUAUAUAUUUUCUAUGUAGAGAAGGGAGGCUUCUUACGUACCGUCAUGUUGUUGUCGACUGCGAACAAAGCAGUGGAACUCGUUGUGUUUUGAUAAAGUUACUGAUAAUGAUCGGAUGAGACAAGAGGAUUGUUAGAAACCUAACGAUACAGCGAGCUAAAGCUUCUCUAUAGGUUUGGCAGAGUUUGAUAAGAUUGAUACCGGUUUAAUGUGUGUACUCUAACUAUGGAGCUAGAGCCCAAAACAUUGGCCAUUGAACAUUAAAAACACCUAAAAGUAAUUAAGGUGACGCUGCUUUCUGCACGUGUACCCCAAAAGGAAAAGUGCUCACCUGUUUGGACGAUGGCCGAACUGAGAGAAAUCCAGGUUUUCACCAGAGAGAGCGAAUCUGAGACUAAUUCUUUCUGAUCUCUGUCUGCUACAUUUUCCCGUGUGUGAUUUCCUCAUCACGUCGGUCCCAUGGUCACACGGUGCUGCCAUGAAGCUGAUGAAGAACAGUUCUGUGCUUCACUUUGCCGCGGCCCUCCCGAUGACUUGUCUCCUCUUUGUACCGCGUCCAGCGUCGCGUCCAGCGUC